UAUUCUGGUAACAGUUAAAAGUCCUUGCACCAACCAAAGAUCCAUAGGGGAUUUUCGUGUCAAUCAGGAACUAGGCAUUGCAUGCGGCUAGAAAACGUUUUAAUUUCGCCUUUUUGGAAGCUAAACGUUUAUCUCUUUUCUUGAACACAUUGAAGCUACUUCAGACCUACAUAUGCAAGUGUUUUUAUUCUUUUCACUUUAUCUUCCAGGUGUCCUUGCUCAAUCUAGAUCUGUGACAGUAGAUCCUGCUACAGCAAUAUUAGGUGGAAAUGCAUUAAUGACGUAUACAUUGACACUUGAACCAGGAGACGAUUUUUCUUUUUUGGCUUGGUUCAAAAGUAAUGAAAAUGGUGUUGAAGGAGAAUCUAUUAUAACCAAUAUCACUGGAAACCCACAACCCAGCGGUAGAUACAGCUUAAGUGAUAAUGGAAGCCUUAUUAUAUCUAAUGUUGAAGUAGAGGAUGCAGGUUAUUACCUGUUUAGAGUAGUUACAACAAAUUCUGACAUGGCAGAAAAUGUCUCAGAUUUAACAGUCUACUACCUUGAUGCACCAACUUUGAUGCCAAAAGAGAAAUCAGUCAUCAUAAACACAACUGCAACAUUCUUGUGCCCUUUGCCUGAUGGUGUUCCAACACCUAUCAUUAUCACGUGGAUCAAAAAUGGCGGCGUACUUAAUGUGUCUGAUACUGAGAAGUAUCCACAGUCAGACACAACAUUAGAGAUCAGCGGAGUCAACGAAAUGGACGAAGGAGAUUACCAAUGUCAAACAGAGAAUUCAGCUUACAGUGGGGAUGAAGGAAAGCUGAGUAAUACAGGGACACUAUCAUUGUUUAGGCCUACUUUUCCAUCAACGACAUCCAUAGCCAGUUCUUUCUCCGUAGGUAGGUCUUCCCUUCAUUCAUAUUUUUUAUAUGUACGAUUAUUUGCAAAUGAAUAGAAAACAUGAAGACAUCAAUUUAUUUAUUUUUUAUUC